AUGGAGCGGAGCAUCGACAUCUACACUGCGCGCUUAAGCGAUCCAAACCUUGAUGCUAAAACCAAAGCCAAUAUUGCGACUGAACUCCGCGAUUCGAUAGAGACCCUCUGCUCAGGCUCGAGUUAUCCUAGAUUUCUUGCGAAAUUAUGGCCGGUAUUCAAGAAGAUAUUACAGGGCGAGCCCGUCUUCAUGGCAAAUUCGCCAGACCAUAUUCUGCGCAACCAUAUCCUAGAAAUUCUCCACAGAGUACAUACGAAUUCGCCAGAGAUCGAACCUUACGCAGCGGACAUAGUUGACACUUUGAUGGAACUGGUGCGGAUAGAGAACGAAGAUAAUGCUGUACUGUGCAUGAAGACCAUCAUGGAUUUGGAAAGGCACCAGGUUAUGGCGACAGCAUCAAGAGUUCAGCCAUUCCUAGAGCUCAUCCAGGAGAUGUUUCAGUUGAUGGAAAAGGUCGUGAAGGACACUUUCGACACUCCGCAAGGUGCUACACCCUCGAUCUCGUCCACUCCUAGCCAUGCCUCUCAGAAUUUCCAGUCGCCACGGCCGGCAUCACCUGCAACAACAGUCUCGGAUUCAGGUGCUGAAAAGAAGGACCAGGCUCUCGCGCCGGGCAUGCAGUCGUUUAAGGUUCUCGCUGAAUGUCCCAUCAUUGUGGUGUCGAUUUUUCAAGCACAUCGGAAUUCCGUAUCUGCAAAUGUGAAAAGGUUCGUCCCGUUGAUCAAGGAGAUUCUGCUGCUCCAAGCGAAACCGCAAGAAAGAGCUCAUGCCGAAAAAGGGGCUGCUAAAACCAUUUUCACUGGUGUGUGCAAGGAGAUCAAGAAUCGAGCUGCUUUCGGCGAGUUUAUCACUGCGCAGGUCAAGACUAUGAGCUUUUUGGCAUACUUACUACGAGUAUACGCACAGCAGCUGCAGGACUUUCUACCUACGCUACCGAGUGUUGUGGUUCGGUUACUCAAAGAUUGUCCACGGGAGAAAUCCAGCGCUCGAAAAGAGCUCCUGGUAGCUAUCAGACAUAUUAUCAAUUUCAACUACCGGAAGAUCUUCUUGCAAAAGAUCGACGAGCUUCUAGAAGAACGGACUCUAAUCGGAGACGGCCUGACCGUGUAUGAGGGCAUGAGACCAUUAGCCUAUAGCAUGCUGGCAGAUCUCAUUCAUCAUGUUCGUGAUUCUCUCAGCCAGGAUCAAAUUCGGAAAACGAUCGAAGUCUAUACUCGCAACCUUCAUGACAAUUUCCCCGGAACCAGUUUUCAGACCAUGAGUGCCAAACUCCUCUUGAAUAUGGCAGAGAGCAUUACCAAGUUAGAAAACAAACAAGAUGCACGUUAUUUCUUGAUGAUGAUCUUGGAUGCAAUAGGCGACAAGUUUGCCGCUAUGAAUCAUCAAUACAAUAACGCUGUGAAGCUAACUCAACAGUAUGCCAAAAGCCCAACAGAUUCACAAUCCGAGAGCUUUCUUGCCGAUAAGGAACAUCCGCCGGAUUGGGACGAGAUUGACAUCUUCAAUGCAACUCCAAUAAAGACUUCUAAUCCAAGAGACAGAGGCGCAGAUCCUGUUGCAGACAACAAGUUCCUAUUCAAAAACUUGGUCAAUGGCCUCAAGAACAUGUUCUACCAGCUCAAAAUGACGAAUCCGCAAGGAGUCAACUUCGAUGACGCAAACACCCCCGUCAAUUGGUCUGAGGUCAGCUUCGGUUAUAAUGCGGAGGAGGUCCACGUCUUUACCAAGCUCUUUCAUGAAGGAGCACGGGUUUUCCGAUAUUACAAGACAGAGCAACCGCCGUCCGAAGGCCAUUAUUCAUCUCCCGUUGAGUUCUUAGCCAGCCACUACAUGGCACAGAUGAGUCGGGAGGAGAAAGAACUUCUAGAAAGCUUUGGUACUGUAUUCCAUUGUAUCGACACGGCCACUUUUCAUGAAGUAUUUCAUGCCGAGAUCCCGCACCUACACGAUCUCAUGUCUGAACAUACUGCUCUGCUCCAUCUACCGCAAUUUUUCUUGGCUAGUGAAGCCACCUCACCGGCCUUCGCUGGCAUGGUUUUACAGUACCUGAUGGAGAGGAUACAUGAAGUCGGCUCUUCUGAUGUCAUCAAAUCCUCUAUUCUACUGAGGAUGUUCAAGUUGUCUUUCAUGGCCGUGACACUGUUCUCUCAUCAGAACGAGCAGGUCUUGCAUCCGCAUGUAACAAAAAUCGUCACUCAAUGUGUGCAGCUAUCCGUUACAGCAGAAGAGCCGAUGAAUUAUUUUCUGCUCCUACGAUCUCUUUUCAGAAGUAUUGGAGGCGGCCGCUUCGAAUUAUUGUAUAAAGAGAUACUUCCGUUGCUGGAGAUGCUGCUGGAGACCUUCAACAAUUUGUUGCAGGGAGCACGCAAACCAGCUGAACGAGAUCUUUAUGUGGAAUUAACACUGACAGUACCUGCACGAUUGAGUCACCUGCUGCCGCACUUGAGCCAUCUCAUGCGGCCUUUAGUGGUUGCUCUUCGAGCUGGCUCAGAACUCGUGGGUCAAGGACUGCGGACACUUGAGUUGUGUGUAGAUAACUUGACUGCUGACUACCUCGAUCCGAUCAUGGCGCCAAUCAUGGAUGAGCUGAUGACCGCUUUGUGGGACCAUUUGAAACCCAACCCGUACAGCCACUUUCAUGCUCACACUACAAUGAGGAUCCUUGGCAAGCUGGGUGGUCGGAAUCGUAAAUUCCUAAAUCAUGCGCCACAGUUGACCUUCAACAACAGUGCAGACGAUGAUCCCAGCAUCGACAUCAAACUCGUCGGAUCAAAUAAAGACCGAGCGUUUCCAAUUAAUACUGGGAUUGAUUUGGCAAUUGCAAAACUUCACGAGGUUCCGAAAUUGCCGGCAGCGAAGGCAUCAGACAGUUUUCAUAAACAACAAUCCUUCAGACUCCUGAGUUCGCAGCUGAAGCUGAAUAUUGGGCUUGAUAACCUCCCGGAUGAACUUGUGACUCUUCUACGAAUGCAGGCCAACGAGCUAAUAGCGAACAAGACCGAUUCUUUAAUCGAUGUUGUGGACAUAAUGGGCAGGUCUGACAAAGAACAGUCCAUGCAGAAGAAGAGAGAUCAAGAAGACGUCUUGAAGAAGCUUCUGAAGGCCUGUAUAUAUGCUUGUACCGUCCCAGAGCUCGAACCGCUCGCAACAGCGUUUCUUCAUGAUGUGUGCCGGCACUUGACUUUGAUCGAACUGGGUAGAGCGCUUGCCCAAGCGAGACACAGGAAUAAGCCUUUUGAUGUCAACUCGGGUGAGGGUGAAUCGUUUCUCGAUCCAAGAGUUCUUGCAGAUGCAUUUGUGGAAUGCCUGGCAUCAGACGAUGUACACGUUCGAGAGAAGACAGAAGAAGCAAUCAAGGUGGUGCGUGACACGACGAGGACAAUAUUCGGCUCAAUGGAGAGGGCCUCCAAAUUCUCCUUCUUCCACCAUUUGGCCAAAGUCUUCUGUCAUCAUUGCCACGAGAUGGAAUGGUUUGCAAAAGCUGGAGGUGCGCUCGGCAUACAUGUUCUGGCUACAGAGCUCGACUUAGGGGACGAAUGGCUUGCAGGCAAGCAGAUCGAUUUUGUUCGAGCUUUGAUGUUUGUCAUCAAGGAUAUGCCUCCAGAUCUUCCGGCGGGGACGAGAAGAAGAGCACAGGAUACGCUCGAGAUCAUACUUCGGCGUUGUAAUAAGGGUUCAACGAGGGAAACUUUGGCGAAUGAGAAAGGCAAGCUAUAUACAUUGUGUGGCUUCUUCGUAUUCGAAUUGGCUCAUAUGAACCGCCAUGUUCGUGAGACGGCUCAGCACGCUUUUGCCGUAUUGGCUGAAGUCAUCGGUGUGGAGAGCUACGACCUUAUAGAGCCUGUCAAGGAUCGUCUCCUACUUCCAAUCUUCAACAAACCGUUGCGUGCCCUCCCCUUCGCAACUCAAAUCGGUUUUAUUGAUGCCAUCACGUUCUGUCUUGGCCUUGGUCACGAUCUAGUAACCUUUCACCACGAGCCGCUGAAUCGCUUGAUGAUGGAAUCCUUAGCACUGGUCGAUGCUGAAGAUGAGACAUUACAUACAAAGCCGGCAGAGCAUAGCGUUGCUGAAACAAUUGUCGAUUUGAGAGUGGCAUGCCUUCAUCUGUUAUCUUUGGCCAUGAACUUUGCAGAAUUUGCCAGCAACGCGCAGCAAAGCAGUCGAGCACGAAUCAUUGCUGUUUUCUUCAAGUCAUUAUACCACAAAUCUCCCGAAAUCAUCGAUGCCGCAAAUGCGGGACUAAAAGACGUUCUAACACAGACCAAUAAGUUGCCGAAAGACCUGCUACAGAAUGGCCUUCGACCUAUACUCAUGAACCUCCAAGACCCGAAGCGACUUAGCGUACAAGGUCUUGAUGGUCUUGCCAGAUUACUCACACUGCUAACCAAUUACUUUAAGGUUGAGAUUGGAGCAAGAUUGCUGGAGCAUAUGAAGGUCAUCGCGGACGAUGCGACGCUGCAAAAGGUGUCCUUCGGCCUUAUUGAGCAGAACUCUCAGAUGAAAAUUGUUGCUGCUAUCUUCAAUAUCUUUCACCUGCUUCCACCGGCAGCGACCACCUUCAUGGAGGAACUUGUCAACACAGCAUUAACCCUUGAAGAGAAGCUUCGACGGACUGCACAUAGUCCUUUAAGGAAACCAUUGGUGAAAUACCUGAACCGCUACCCGAAGGAAACUUGGUCGUUCUUCCAGACGCGUAUGCAAGAUGAAAAAUAUGGCCGUUUUUUUGGCCAGAUCCUCUCUGAUCCUGAGGCAGAGCCGUUAAGACUUGGCCUAGUUGCAGAAACCGAAUCUUUCAUACAUGCAUCGUUUGACAUGAGCGAGCCGGAGCAGAAAAAUACCGCUGCCAUCAAUGCCAUUUUUGCUGCACACUCAGUCUGCUCACAUUCACCCACAGAUGAUUGGCUUCAAUCGUACCCUGGACUGAAGGAUCGCUUGCUUUCCGCUGGUAAGGACCUGGAGCAGAAGUUGCGGGCCGACCAACUCUUCCCCAAGCAGCGCCUUAGAGUGGAGCAGGCUGGAGAUCAAUUGAUGGACAUCUUCGCGAGAUGUCUUGCCCUAGGCCCUUCAGAUCUCGACUUUCUCUUCAAAGUUCUCACAGCCGCAGCGGCGAAAGAAAUCAAGGUUACGCUUGCUCUUUACAGAUAUCUUUAUCAACAUAUCAUCUCGAGCGACUCUGUUGAGUAUCGUCGAUCCAUUGUAAGUCGAUGUCUGGACCUUUACACUCAGCGGAACGUUUCCCAAAGAGUGAAAACUUUCGUUUUUCACUACGUCAUGAACCCCAUUUUUGCCAUGGAUAUUAUGCGAACGUGGAAUAUUGGCCACUCGUCCUCAACGCUAAUGGAUAAAUCCAUGGCUGAGCUUCUGCAUAAUCGCCUCUGGAAACCGCAGAUGGCAGAUAACUUGGAAGACUCCGGACAGCAGGGAGUUGAUCAUUCUCGUAUGGAAAUAUUGCAACUUACUGCCUUACUACUCAAAUACCACGCCAGUACGGUGGCUGAAGCACGGAAAGACAUCAUCCGAUUUGCCUGGAUCCAUAUUCGACUGGAAGACAUCAUCAACAAGUAUGGAGCUUACGUGUUGAUCAGCUAUUUCAUCGCUUCAUACGAGUCACCGCAGAAAGUCGCGGUACAGAUCUAUGUUUCACUUCUAAGAGCUCAUCAGAACGAAGGAAAAGCCCUGGUUACUCAAGCGCUUGAAAUCUUGACACCGGUCUUACCUCAACGGGUUACUCAAGCUGGAGAUCCCAAAUAUCCUCUGUGGGCAAGAUGGCCUCGCCGGAUUCUGGCAGAAGAGACGGGAAAUCUACAACAAAUGAUCAGUAUUUUCAAUUUUCUUGUUCGACAAGCAGAUUUCUUCUACGAGUCUCGCGAGCAUUUUGUGCCUAUCAUUGUGCCCUCCUUACACAAAAUAGCAUCGCCGCCAAAUCCUUCGAAUGAGAGCAAGAAGCUUGUUCUAAGCUUGAUUGAUCUUAUCUCUAUUUGGGAGGAAAAAAGAGUGAAUAUGUUCACGACGUCUCAGGCUACCAGUAGUUUGCCAAGCAUGGCCCGCGAUACGACUGGUUCUUCUGCUCUUGCUCCUCCAUCGACUAAGGAGCGGCCAGAGUAUGUUAUCCCGCUCGAACUUCGUACAGCUGUUAUCAAAUAUCUCGUGACCUUCAUCACUUCCCUGCAAGAGAAAUAUCCUGUCCCCGCCGCGGAAAUGAAGCUAAAUGCCAUGCAAAAGGCUCAGCAACCAGGCAUGUCAAACGAUAUGUGUGUCAAAGCAAUGAAGCUAUUGCGGGAGUUGUUGUCGCCACGAUUGUGGGCUGAUGUGGAUAUUGAUCUAUACCCGAAAGUCAUGGAGCCAAUUCUCGCUAGCGAGAAGGCUGACAAACCGGACGAGAAGCACAUAACGAGCAUGGUCAAUACUCUUCAAGUGUUGCGGGUCAUUAUCGCAACGAAGAAAGAGGAGUGGAUUGUUGCCCACUUACCAGCCAUCCGAAAGCUGCUAGAAAAACCGUUAAGAAUGGAAAAUCUUGAGAUUCAAGAUUGCCUGCAUGCUGAAGAUGACGACAAGGUCUCACUAAGGAUCAAACCUUUGUUAAGGCUGGUCCUUGAUGCCAUACCACAAGAACAGCCUGAGGAGGAAGAUGCGAUGGACAUUGACUCUACACCUAAUGAGUUCGUGCCCUACCUUUCAAGUAUUGCCACCGAAACACUAUCUGCAAAUAAUCUGACGUCCAGCAUCACCAUUUUGUGGACUCUAUCUCGGGUAAGACCUGCAGAGAUGGAUCAGCAUAUCCCGAACGUUAUGCGAGCUCUCCAACAGUCUUUGGCAAAAGACCAUGUGAAUGCUUAUAGUCCACCUCAACAGAUCCCUCAAGGUUAUCGACCUGGCGAGCCGAACAUGAAACCGGAUGAGUUUGCGCUGGGGGUAGAUCUGAUCAAAAAAACCAUUGAUCUGCUCUCUGCCCGUAUGUCUCAUCUAGGGGAUCAGAGACGUCCUUUUCUGAGUGUGCUUGCAUCGUUGGUCGAAAAAUCCUACAACGCGGAACUCUGCAACAAAGUUCUAGACAUGGUUGAAAAGUGGAUCUUUGAUUCCGAGGAGUCAUGGCCAACCUUGAAAGAGAAACAUGCUGUUCUGCUGAAGAUGUUGUUAUUUGAGAAUCGACCGGAUCAAAGCCUGCUCAAACGAUUCUUGCAGCUGGUGAUACGCAUCUACGACGAUCCGAAGAUCACCAGAACGGAGCUGACGGUCCGGCUAGAACAUGCUUUCCUGAUCGGUACGCGGGCUGCUGAUGUAGAGCUACGCAAUCGAUUUAUGGCGAUCUUUGAUCGCAGUCUUUCGCGAACGGCAAGCUCCAGACUGAGCUACGUGCUCACAUUACAGAAUUGGGAUACGUUGGCAGAAUCCUUCUGGCUGAGGCAGGCUACGCAACUGAUCAUGGGUUCUAUCGACACGUCGACCCCUGCACGAUUGCAUAACGAAGAUUUCAGGGUUCAACCAGUAUCCGCAUUGUUCAGUACUUCACUUAUCAGCAAAGAGCAGAAGAAAGAAGAUGUCAUGGUCGAGGAUGGCCUUGACGCCAUCGUUGCAGAUCAAAGAAGGUUCAACCAGGAGAUUGGAGAUGUCAAGGUCCGAGAUGUGCUUGAACCUUUAUGUCAGCUGCAGCAUGUUGAUCCUGAUCUGGCUUACGACAUCUGGGUGAAACUUUUCCCUCUGUGCUGGGCAGCUUUAACCCGAGAGGAACGGAUGGAUCUUGAGAAAGGCAUGGUGACACUUCUCACCCGGGAGUAUCAUCAAAGACAACUUAAUCUGAGACCGAAUGUUAUCCAAGCACUUCUUGAAGGAGCCGCAAGGUGCAAGCCCAGGUUUAAGGUACCACCUCACGUCAUGAAAUUCCUGAGUCGAACAUACUCAGCAUGGUAUACUGCAAUGGUUUCGCUGGAAGAUUCUGCCAUUGAACCAAUUAUCGACACGCCCGCUGUCCGGGAGAGCAAUCUGGAUGCUCUUGUCGAGAUCUACGCUGGUUUACAAGAGGACGACCUGUUUUAUGGUACUUGGCGACGAAGAUGCAAGUUUGUGGAAACCAACGCUGCGUUAUCCUACGAACAGCACGGCAUUUGGGACAAAGCACAACAGCUGUACGAGGCUGCUCAGGUGAAGGCUCGUACCGGAGUUGUGCCUUUCUCGCAAGGAGAAUAUUCACUGUGGGAAGAUCACUGGAUGAUUUGUGCUCAAAAGAUGCAGCAAUGGGAAAUUUUGAGCGAGUUUGCCAAACAUGAAAACUUCAACGAUUUGCUCUUGGAGGCGGCAUGGAGAAAUUUUGAAGCCUGGCAGGGAGAGGGUAAUCGAGAGCAGCUAGAGACGAUGAUCAAAGCUGUCUCUGAUGCACCAACUCCGAGGCGGACAUUUUUCCAGGCAUUCAUGUCAUUGCUCAAGUUCCAUGCGAACAAAGAAACCAGAGGAGAAUUCAAUCAUAUGUGUGAUGAAGCAAUUCAGCUGUCUAUUCGCAAGUGGCAUCAACUACCCAAACGCAUCACGAACGCGCACAUCCCGAUCCUACAGAACUUCCAACAGCUUGUCGAGUUACAUGACGCAAGUCUUAUCUGCGACAGCCUGCAGCAGACUAAUGAACGAAAUCUGGACCAAAAAUCCCAAGAGUUGAAAAUGCUGUUGUUGUCCUGGCGUGAUCGGCUACCAAAUAUUUGGGAUGAUAUCAAUGCCUGGCAGGACCUCGUUACCUGGCGACAGCAUGUUUUUCAGCUCAUCAAUUCUACAUAUCUACAAUUAGCUCCACAAGGUCCGGGCAAUAAUGUCUCGAACAAUUCCUUCGCAUUCCGCGGCUUCCACGAAACUGCUUGGAUCAUCAACCGUUUUGCGCAUGUUGCACGGAAGCAUCAAAUGCCGGAUGUUUGCAUUUAUCAACUCAGCAAGAUCUAUACCUUGCCGAACAUUGAGAUCCAAGAAGCGUUCUUGAAGCUAAGAGAGCAAGCCAAGUGUCAUUAUCAAAACAAGUCCGAAUUGAACAAUGGUCUUGAUGUGAUCAAUAACACCAAUCUCAAUUUCUUUGGCCCACAGCAAAAAGCCGAAUUUUACACUCUGAAAGGAAUGUUCUUGGCCAAGCUGGCGCAACGAGAUGAGGCGGAUGAUGCUUUCGGUACUGCGUUAUAUUACGAUUUGAGGCUGCCCAAAGCCUGGGCUGAAUGGGGUCAAUAUUGUGAUCGACGGUUUAAAGAAGAUCCUUCGGAUAUGCAAGCUGCCUUCAACGCUGUGAGCUGCUAUCUUGAAGCAGCAGGCUUGUACAAAAGUUCAAAGGCUCGGAAAUUGCUUAGCAGGAUUUUGUGGCUGCUUAGCCUCGACAAUGAAGAAGGAAAGAUCGCCAGCGCUUUAGAGAUCUUCAAAGGCGAUACGCCUGUGUGGUACUGGAUCACUUUUAUUCCUCAGUUGCUGUCAAGUCUUGAGCACCGCGAGGCAAGGCUGUCUCGGUCAAUUCUUUCAAAGAUUGCCAAGUUGUAUCCACAAGCACUGUUCUUCCAGCUCCGUACCACUCGAGAGGAGCUGCUCAGCAAGAAGAAGCAAGCUGAACAACGACAAGCCAUCAAGGCCGGACAAGCUGCACAGCAAGGCAAAUCAGCAUCGCCAGAACGAGGCGGUGAUGCUACCUCCUCUUCAAGACCAGGAACAGCUCAGGGAGAAUCGGCCGCCAACGGCAAUGCUGGCUCUCCCAAGCUCAAGCAGGAAGCAAAUGGGCAGGCACAAACUAACGGAGAGGGCGAGAGACCUCCAAGAGAGCCGUUGAAAAAACCGGAAGAGUAUGCUGAUGAGAUCAUGGCAGGCUUGAAAACAGCGUUUCCAUUACUGGCACUCUCCAUGGAGACGAUGACUGAUCAAAUCCAAAAGAACUUCAAGUGUCCUCCCGAUGAAGAUGCUUACCGUCUCAUCGUUGCCCUGUUAAAUGAUGGUCUUGCUUAUAUCGGUCGAGCUCCACAAUCUUACGCUCAGGAUGUCAAAUUGCCCCCUGCGACAGAAGCCAACAUCUGCAGAUUUGCGGAGACCAUCCUUCCCGGUCAUCUUCGAAAAUCGUUUGAAGCCGAUUUUGUAAACAGAAAGCCAACCAUGUUUGAGUACAUCCAGAAGCUUCGAAAAUGGCGUGACAAGUUUGAAGAGAAGCUUGAUCGAAGACAGCCUUGGAUUUCGCUCGAAACCUACAGUCCACAUUUAAGCGAAUUCCGCUUUCUGAAAUUUGAUGAGGUCGAAGUUCCUGGUCAAUAUCUAGAGCACAGAGACAAGAACACUGACUUUACCCGCAUUGAACGGUUCAUGCCGACAGUAGAUGUGGUUCGUGGGAUUGGGGUCUGCCAUCGUCGGCUGACAAUUCGUGGUCAUGAUGGAAGUCUACAUCCUUUCGCAGUACAACAUCCUGCCGCUCGACACUGUAGACGAGAAGAACGGAUUCUCCAACUCUUCCGCAUUUUCAACGGUGUGUUGGCCAAGAGAAAGGAAAGCAGAAGACGCAAUCUGUACUUCCAUCUUCCACUUAUGGUCCCCAUCGCUCCCCACAUCAGGCUGGUACAAGACGAUUCGUCGUACAUCACCCUUCAAGGCGUCUACGAAGACCACUGCCGCAAAACCGGCACCAGCAAAGACGAGCCCAUUCUCUUCACCAUGGAAAAACUGCGCGCCCUAGCCGACAACAAGCAGAACCGAAGCGUUGAACAAAUGCAAAUCCUACGGACAGAAAUCCUCACCGCCAUCCAGGAACGCUGGGUGCCAAACACUAUCGUUCUUACCUCCUUUCAAAAGAUCUACACCAGCUUCGAAGACUUCUGGCUCUUCCGCCGCCAGUUCUCCUACCAAUUUGCCGCCGUCACCUUCAUGACCUAUAUCAUGCACAUCUCGAACCGCUACCCAAGUAAACUUUCCAUCUCCCGAUCAUCCGGCGACUUGUGGGCCUCGGAGCUUAUUCCAACUCUCAACUCCACAAAACCGUUCUUCUAUAACCCCGAACAAGUCCAUUUCCGCCUGACACCUAAUAUCCAGACCUUAAUGGGUCCUCUGGCCAUGGAGGGGAUUUUUGCCGCCGCGCUCAUGGCGAUUGCGCGCUGUCUCACCGAGCCGAGCGAGCAGGAGUUGGAGCAGCAGCUUAGUAUCUUUGUCAGGGAUGAGAUGAUCCACUGGGCGGCGAAUAAUAAUCGGGUGGGAACGCUUAAGGAGGAGCAGCUUAGAGAGGCGGUGGGCCAGAAUUCUGAUGGUAUCGUGAGGAGAGCGUUGGGGUUGGCGAGGACCCCCGAUCAGACUGCCGGUCAGACAACUGCGACUGCUGGAGGCGGAGGAGGAGGAUCAGUAGGGGGUACGGGCGUGAUUAGCUCAUUGCCGGCUAGUCAGACGGUCAUUGACAUGAUCAGUAAGAGUGUCAAUCCGAUUCACCUGGCGAGUAUGGAUGCGCUGUGGAUGCCUUAUCUUUGA